AUGGAGGUACAAUAUCUGCUGAGUAUGUUACGAAAAGAUUGGGUAAAAUACAAGGGAAUUGUCGGGUCUUUAGUUGCAUCGAAUGAAGUAUCAAGAAUAUGGACGCGGUCGUGUUCUCAGACACAACUUCCAGUACAAUGGGAGCGUUGUAAAGCGAUGCAUAAAACGAUGAUUGCAAAUAACGUAAAUGUUGUCACCUUUGCCGACGGAAUGAAUGCCGUGGACUCGCGUAUACAAUAUAUUCGCGACCUCAAAGAAAAUACCUCGAGUUUGUCGGACCUGACGAUGGUAACCGAGUCAGACAAAGACACAAAGGAAGAACCGAAUCCACCGCUAAAAUGGCCUAGCCCCGAGGGUAACGGAGCAAUACCGGAGAUCCUAUCUCCAAGCCUUCCAGGGAAUCAGCCUCAUACCCUAGAGGAACACGCAGCCACACCCUCGUCGGACAUGGGGCCCUCUCAUGACGCUUCAGAUACGGGGGAAGCAUCGAAUUCACCGCUAAAAUGGCCUAAGCCUGAGGGCAACGGAGCGAUACCGGACAUCCCAUCUCCAAGUCUUCCCGGGAAUCAGGCUCAUGAGGAACGCGUAGCCACACCCUCAUCGGACAUGAGGGUCUCUCAUGACGCUUCAGAUACGGAGGAAGCAUCGAAUACACCGCUAAAAUGGCCUAAGCCUGAGGGCAACGGAGCGAUACCGGACAUCCCAUCUCCAAGUCUUCCAGCUAGGAGACAAAUAGUAGAUAUAUUUGGGUCGGGAAAAAAAGGAGUCCUAUCAUCUAAAGUCGGGCGCACGCGUCUUUCCGUGGAACAAACGGAAAUACGGUAUCAAACCGUCACCGACGCUCAAGGAAGGGAAUGCCAUUAUUGUGCUUUAGCUUUCCUAACUACCCUAGCCAAGGGUCAAAACAAAAGAUUUUUGAGCUGUGUCAUGGAAUUUGACUUCCACAGCGAUCAAUCAGAAGCGCUAUCUAUCCAGAGUGUCUUGCCGAGUAAGACUUUGGCAGAACCGCAAGGCAAUCAUCUCCCCGUGUUCUUCUCUACCGAGAUUGGCUCGGUUAUCCAGCUCAGUGCCAUCCCCUUCAAUUCAAAUCUAUCGCUUUCCGGAAAAUGGUGCAGGACAUUUACAAUAGACUAUUACUCGAAGUUCGAGACCGAAGGGAGCGGAGGAUCUAAAAUGGUUGUUCGUAUGGAGGAGAACAAGACAUCUCGCUGUGGUGCUCCGAGCCCCGCUUACUUCGCGGUUUUGUUGAGGCUUCCGACGGCAGAACGUGUUUUCAAGGCAAGCGUCAAGUUGGAGGCAAAGAGGUCAAGGAACGGUGCAUUUGCGUUUACAGAUACGAUCAAGUGGAAAGAAGAAGUGACCUUUCGCGAGAACGGUAUUAACUGA